AUGUAUGUAAGCGAAUGUACAUUUAAACUUCCAAAGCUUGAAUUACAAAAAUUUGAUGGGGAAAUUAAGGAAUGGUUAUUUUUUUGGAGUCAAUUUGAAAAAAUUGGCAAAGAUAGUACGAUUUCUGAUAGUGAUAAAUUUCAAUAUUUAUUACAAGCGACUGUUGAGGGUUCGCGUGCAAGGGAGGUUAUAGAAAGUUUUCUCCCUACAUAUGCUAAUUAUCCCAAGGCCAUAGAAUGUUUGAAGGCUCGUUUUGGUCUACAUGACUUGCAAGUGGAAGUUUAUGUGAGAGAAUUGUUGAAAUUGGUCCUGAAAAAUGCAAAUUCUAGUAAUUCCUGUAAUAACUUAUGUGCAUUAUAUGAUAAUUUGGAACAACAAAUUCGGGCUCUGGAAACCCUUGGCGUCACUACAGAUAAAAGUGCUGCAUUACUUUAUCCUUUAGUUGAAUCUUGCUUGCCUGAGGAUUUUUUAAGAGCCUAUCAAAGAAGUGCAAAUGUUGACCAUGGUACAGACACAAAAUGUAAACUGGACAGUUUAUUAAAAUUUUUGAAAUCAGAAGUAGAAUCCGAAGAACGCAUAAGUUUAGCAAUGGCUGGUUUUGGUUUGAAGAACGAAGUGACCUGUGGGAUUAAAUCUAUUAAAACUUUUCACGAUCGACCAUCAACGGCAGCAAGUUUGUUGAGUACUGAUUCUCCCGCUAAGAAGUGCGUGUUUUGCAGCGGAAAACAUGAUUCAUUUAAUUGUUUUAAGGCUCAAAAAAUGCCAUUUUCAGAGAGACAAAAGCUCAAAAGAUAA